CGAUAUGGCGAUAGAAAACGUGCACGCGCUUUGCCCGUCGUACUUUGAAGAACUUGUGGGACCGACUCGGGUACGUUACCGAGCUAAAAUUGAAAUGUGCGAUGGCAUCGACCCUUACGAACUGCGCAUCAGUAAGGAAGAUGCAUCGGACGUCGAUCUGCUGCCUGCCGUGACGCACGGCGACAUUGUGAAUUAUUUGGUGCUUUCAACAAGUCACGUCACACUGCAACAAAUGAAGGCCUACAAGUCGCUGGACGGCCACAACUACUUCACCAGCGGAUGGGUGAAGAGCAUAGCAGCAAAGCAGCUUCCAUCGCAGCGUGUCGUCGUUCUAAGCGAGGUCAACCAUUCCCAGCGCCUACGAGAGACCCCUCUGAAAGUGUGGAUUUUGGCCGAAACAGAUGGCACUGUUGCUACAGCACACUGCACUUUCAUGGCAGGCGUGGGUGAGGCAUGCUCUCACGUUGCUGCGACACUUUUCGCCAUAGAAACUGCUGUGAGGCUGAGGGACUCUGUGACUUGCACAGAAAAGAAAAAUGGAUGGCUACCACCUCAUAGCCGGAAUGCUGAAUUUAAGAGGCUAAGGGAGAUUGACUUCUCAUCAGCGAAGAUGAAGAAGAGGAAAAUGGACAACAUUACGAACAGCACUUGUGCUGAAGAAGCCCCGCCUCCACCACCAAUCCCAGCUCCAACGAAUGCAGAGAUUCAGCAGUGUUUUGCGGCGAUAGCAAAAUCAGGGGUAAAGCCAGCACUGUUUAUGCUGCAUGAAGAAUAUAGUGCACUUUUUCCGCCUCCACAAAAGAAAGAACCUGUGCUUCUCCGUAGCCUUAUGUGUGAAGAGGCCACCUCUGAGGAUUUGUCUGCCCUGGUGCAACGGGGUGAAGCGUUUUUAAAAGAAAUUGUUGUAACAGAAGAGAUGGUGCGGCAUGUGGAAGCCACAACUAGAGAGCAGUCAAAUUGUGCCAAGUGGUUUGAAUACAGGAUGCUGUUGUCAACUGUUCAUGCUGUGGUGAAGGCAUUGUGGAAGUCAAAUGCCCGUACUCUGUGGCAGAGUCUGGCAUAG